AUGGACGCCCUCCUGGUCCCCCUUCCAGCGCCUUGCAGAAGGUCUGCAGUGGUGGUGCUGGGCUACUGGGUCAGGGCAGGGCAGGUGGGGAGUGGAGGUUCUUUCCACUUUAAAGUGCUGUUGAGUGGGGCGGUCGCAGCCGGCUCUUCACUAUGUGAGGGCCGCGACCUUGUCCAGGGUCGGGAUCGCCUCCACAGCCGGGCCCACCCUACCUUGUUCAUGAAAUGCCGAUCUCAAGCACGAUACGGCAAGUACGAUACAGUAUUCCCUACAGUAGGGAGGAACGACAUGGCUCCAGUUGUAUCUACUACCUGGCUACUUAGAGACCACAUCUAUGAGAGCCCAGAAUCGCACGCUAAGUUAGCUCUGGCGCCCCAAAGCUCAUCAGCAUCAGCAUGGGAGGCGGCCCCAUUCUUACUCACCAAGUCUGUCGCCAACCUGCUCUUGGGCUAUCUAUUUCCUGUGCCCCGAGCUUAUCACGGGACAACACCAGCCUUAAGUGAAAAUGAGCACAAGCCAAGGCCGGACAGAACACUUGCAUGCUCAAAGCCGAAGGCACCGUGGAGACAGGGCCAUCCCAUGGGAAUGGAUAUUAUCGAUCCCCGCAACCAGGGCAUAUCAGUAAACGAAGGAAUCCUGCACUUAUCGGAUUCUAUUUACCCGUCUCAUCCGUUCGACGACGUUGGAAUCGUGAGAGUCGCCCAAUUGCAUGCGGCGCUCUCCUCAUAG